GCAGUGUGUGCAGCCAGUGAGAAAUCGAGUCAGAGAGAGAGAGCGAGAGAAGCAACCAAGGCUGGUGCACGCAUGACGGACGCUCCGUGAGCUCUGAGACGGCCAAUCAGAGCGCUCGGCUCACCCAAGCUGCUGCAGCGGAGGAGUGAGAGAGGAUUCUCCCACACACGCACACACACGCAUCCAGAGCAGCACACGCUCGACAAGGGAGCGCAGACACGCGGUGACAAUGGUAGGUAUGGGACAUAAAGUCUGUUUGGAAACUUUACCACACCCACCCGAUGCACAUUUGUGGACUUAUAUCAUUAGGAGAUUCAACAUGGCCGCUGCUGUCGUCUUGCAUGUUUGUUGGAUCCGGGCUUGAACUCGCCUGCGUUCUUCCUCGAGUGCUCUUAGAGUGCAUGAUGUCAAUGCAUCUCUACUGCCUUUCCAAGAUGAACGACUGAAAUAUGAACCUCAUUCAAGCUUUCUGGACCUCCAGUCCGGCGUCUGAUUAAAUCAAGGCCCUCAAACGACCAUCCGAGGGGGGAAUAAGGAGUAGACGUGGCUGCUGGUUGGUGGCGGUGGAGGACGAGGAGGUGGCGGAGGAGGGGGGUUUGGAAGCCAUCUUUAUCCUUUGGAAUAUACCAUUUGUGGAAUACAACUGUGUGUUUGGAAUAUCGCAGAACUUUGGGAGUUUCACUGUAGUUUUUUUAAUCCUUUUGGAAUAUUGGGAAUUUGGCUCCUGUUCGCAGUCAUGAAGGUGAACCCGAGCUCUUGUUUGUGUCCUGUACUUUUGUGCCUGUGUUUUCUGGAGAGGGGUUAUGAGGCGAGCCAUCACGGCCAAGCCAAAAUCAUUUCCAGGAGCCACAAUGCAACUCACAGCCACAACCAGACUAAGGACGGGGAAACAGAGGUCCACCAUCGGCCCAAACGAGGAUGGAUAUGGAACCAGUUCUUUGUCUUAGAGGAACACAUUGGUCCAGAUGCACAAUAUGUAGGAAAGCUACAUUCUAAUUCAGAUAAAGGCGAUGGUUCGGUCAGGUACAUCCUUAGCGGUGAAGGAGCAGGAAGUAUCUUCAUCAUCAACGAGGUAACGGGAGACAUCCACGCCACCAAAAGUCUGGACCGGGAAAAGAAAUCACAUUAUGUUCUUCACGCGCAGGCCAUCAACCUCAACACCAACAAGCCCCUGGAGCCAGAGUCAGAGUUCAUUAUAAAAGUUCAGGAUAUUAACGACAAUGCCCCCAAAUUCCCCGACGGACCCUUCGUCACAACUGUGCCUGAGAUGGUGGAAGUUGGUACAUCCAUUUUUCAAGUGACAGCGACCGACGCAGAUGACCCUACAUAUGGAAACAGUGCACGGGUGUUGUACAGCGUUCUGCUCGGACAGCCAUACUUCUCCGUCGACCCCAAAACCGGUAAAUUCAUGACGACUUUUCAUCUUGUGUCUGUGAAGAGCCAAUCGAACAAACCUCCAUGCGGGCUUUUGUGUGUGUCUGCAGAGAAUUACCAGGUGUUUGUCCCAGAGUCGGCACAGGUGGGGAAACCAGUGGGGAAGAUCAAAGCCAACGAUGAGGACAUCGGAAUCAAUGCAGAGAUCAAAUACAGCAUCCUGAACCCCGAGGGGGCCGGAAUGUUCUCCAUCUCCACAGACAAAGACACUAGAGAGGGUGUGAUCACGCUGAGAAAGCCACUGAACUAUGAGAAGAAGAAGCAGUACAGUCUUCACAUCUCUGCAGAGAACACGCACCUGGAUCCACGCUUCUCCUAUCUGGGCUCGUUCAAAGACGACGCCACGCUCAAGAUCACAGUCGGAGACGUAGAUGAGCCGCCCGUUUUCUCAAUGGAUUAUUACAUUAUGGAGGUGUACGAGAACGCCAGGGUAGGAACUGAAGUGGGAGCCGUCACAGCGAGAGACCCAGACAGCAAAAACAGUCCUGUCAGGUAUUUUAUCGAGCGGAGAGAAGACAAAGAGGUGUAUUUCGAUAUCGAAUCCAUCAGCGGAGUCAUUAGAACCACUCAGCUCCUGGACCGUGAGGAUACGCCCUGGCACAACAUCACUGUCAUGGCAACAGAGGAAGACAAUCCCAGUCUUCAGAGCCACGUGCCCGUUACAGUGCAGGUCCUGGAUGUGAACGACAAUCCUCCAGUGAUCAACACAGAAGACGAGAUCAUCAUCUGUGAAAGCACCAGGGCAGGACAGGUCAUUCAGACAAUCGCGGCUGUGGAUAAAGAUGAUUUUGCCAAUGGAAAGGGAUUUUCCUUCUCUUUUCCUGGAGGAGUUCCUGCCAACCCUAACUUUACAAUAAAAGACAAUGAAGACAGCACUGCCAGCAUCAUCGCCAGACGGCGGCGGUUCAACAGACUGACACAGGAACUGUACGAGCUCCCGCUGGUGGUGUGGGAUGACGGGGAACCCGUCCUGAGCAGUACCAGUACCCUGACGCUCAGGGUGUGUUCCUGCCAGAGAGGCACCAGACUGAAGAUCUGCCAGGGUGAAGCGUUCCUCUCCUCCGCAGGGCUCAGCACUGGUGCUCUCAUUGCCAUACUGCUCUGUGUGCUGAUUUUACUGGGUGAGUUCAACCUGGAAAUGAUGCCUGAGUAUUUUGCCAGUGCCU